UUUUGACAGUUAACUUUUUUUCACAGAUGCUGGAUCAACAUUCAUAUUUUUUGCAUAGCUGAAAACCUUUAAGGAAUAUUUGAUUUAAACAWCUUGUGGUUUCAUWGCUGAAGGAAACAAUGACAUUCGCAGACCUCCUGGAGCAGGUGGGCAGCACGGGACGCUUCCAGGUCCUGCAUGUGUCGCUCCUUUGCCUUCCUAUCCUGAUGAUGCCCAGCCACUUUCUGCUGCAGAACUUUGUGGCCAUGGUGCCUCCUCACCACUGCAGCCCACCCUCCAACCUCUCCGGGUCUCAGCUGAGCCCAGAGGAGACGCUGCUCAUUGCCAUCCCACUGGAUCCUGCAGGGAAACCACAGAGAUGUCAGAGAUACGCGAGCCCACAGUGGCACCUCAUGGACAAGAAYGGGAGCUCAGCUUCAGAGGAGCGUGGUGAGGAUGAGGAUGUUGUCCUGCAGGGAUGCACAGAUGGGUGGUCCUACAAUAUGAUUGAGAGGACCUCCACUAUUAUAUCUGAAUGGGAUUUGGUGUGUGACCUGCGCUCCUAUAAGCAAAUGGGACAAACUAUUUAUAUGGCAGGUACGGUCGUGGGGUCUCUUAUCUUUGGAAGCCUCUCAGACAGAUUUGGUCGACGUAUCCUCCUGAUCAUUUGUAAUCUGCUGAUGGCAGUUUCAGGAACAUGUGCUGCUUUCUCCUCCUCCUUCUCCCUCUUCUGCCUGUUCCGAUUUGGUUGUGGGAUGGCUGUGUCAGGCGUGGGCCUCACUGCCUUCUCACUCACUGUAGAGUGGAUCCCCACUCGUGUGCGGACUGUCACUGGGAUGAUUUCAGGUUACUGUUACACAUUCGGACAGCUGAUCCUGGCAGCCAUUGCUUACUUCAUCCAAGACUGGAGGUGGUUAACUCUGACCGUGUCGCUUCCCUUUUACGUCUUCUUCCUCAUGUCAUGGUGGUUUCAAGAAUCCUCAAGAUGGCUAUCUUCAAGUAAUAGACCUGAAGAAGCCGUCAAGGCUCUACAAAGUGUGGCCAGGUUUAACGGACGCCAUGAGGAGGGAGAAAAGAUUGAUGUUAAUACACUACAGGAGUCCAUGAAAAAGGAGAUGUCCUGUUCCCAGGGGUCAUACUCUGUCCUGGAUCUGUUCCGCAUACCCAACAUGAGGAUUAUGACCCUCUGCCUCAGCGCUGUUGGGCUAUCAACCAGUUUUGCAUUCUACGGCCUCGCUUUGGACCUUCAGAAGUUCGGUGUGGACAUCUACUUGAUACAAGUGAUCUUUGGAGCCAUCGACAUUCCUGCUAAAUUUGUCAUAACUGUGAGCAUGUGUUUUAUUGGACGUCGGCCAUCACAAAGUGGAAUUCUCAUUAUUAGUGGAAUCCCUAUUUUGAUCAACAUUCUAGUUCCUUAUGAUAAAAAUAUUAUUCGAACCUGUCUUGCUGUGUUUGGGAAAGGUUGUCUUGCUGCCUCUCUUGACUGUUGUCAGCUUUACUCUGGAGAGCUUUACCCAACUAUCUUCCGUCAAAAAGGCAUGGGAUGGGUGUCCAUGAUGACUCGAUUAGGAUCCAUGUUAGCCCCCAUGGUGAUGAUCACUGGGGACUACAUACCCUGGCUUCCAGGCCUGAUCUACGGAGGAGCUCCAGUCCUCUCAGGAGUGGCAGCAAUAUUUCUACCAGAAACACGUGGCACACAUCUUCCUGAUACAAUUCAAGAUGUGGAGGAGAGGGAAUCUGGAAAAAGUUCCAAAGUAUCUCUAAAGAAAGCAACGACCCUGCAGGAAACUCAGUCUAAUCUCCUCAAACAGACUGCCUGA